GCGAGGACAGAUGAAUAAUUGGGAGCGCGAAGUUGCUUCUGCCUCCGGGAGAGGUCUGUUGGGCUAGUGCUUUCUCCUCUUUUUAAAAAGCCAGACGUUUGAGAGCCAUCCUCCUGCAGAAGUGAGCUUUUCCUGAAGAAGCUCUCGCUGCUCCCUGCGCGUUGCCAGCACCGCGGGCUCUGGGAGCGAGCUGUUUCUCAGGCCAGGCACGCAGCGGAGCUCGCAGAUUUGAAAGAGCAGGAAACCGCCGCUGCAUGCAGAGCGGCCAGCCUGACAGCUCCCAGGCCAGUCUCCCCGGCAGCCGUGUAGCCGCGACCCUCAGUAUUGUGGUCACAUUCCCCCUGAGAAGUGACGGGUCACCGUCAGCGCCGCUGGGAGAGAGCCGUGAUGCUGCAGAUGCUGUGGCAUUUUCUGUGUAGCUUUUUCCCGAGGGCUGGGUGCCAAGGCCCCACAGAGGGGAGCGAUAACGAAGUCAGAGGCGCCCCAGCUCCUGCUCGGGGAGACCCGAUGUCAAGCUUUUUGGGGAAACAAGACGGCAGGGCUGAGGCCACGGAAAAGAGACCCACCAUUUUGCUGGUGGUCGGACCUGCAGAGCAGUUUCCUAAGAAAAUUGUACAAGCUGGCGAUAAAGACCUUGAUGGGCAGCUGGACUUUGAAGAGUUCGUCCAUUACCUCCAAGAUCACGAGAAGAAACUGAGGCUAGUGUUCAAGAGUUUGGACAAAAAGAAUGAUGGGCGAAUCGACUCUCAGGAGAUCGUGCAGUCCCUGCGGGACCUGGGCGUCAAGAUAUCCGAGCAGCAGGCAGAAAAGAUUCUCAAGAGAAUACGAACGGGCCACUUCUGGGGCCCUGUCACCUACAUGGAUAAAAACGGCACGAUGACCAUCGACUGGAACGAGUGGAGAGACUAUCACCUCCUGCACCCCGUGGAGAACAUCCCCGAGAUCAUUCUGUACUGGAAGCAUUCCACGAUCUUUGAUGUGGGAGAGAAUCUGACAGUUCCCGAUGAGUUCACCGUGGAGGAGAGGCAGACGGGGAUGUGGUGGAGACACCUCGUGGCUGGAGGUGGGGCCGGGGCCGUAUCCAGAACCUGCACGGCCCCCCUGGACAGACUCAAGGUGCUCAUGCAGGUCCACGCCUCCCGCAGCAACAACAUGUGCAUCGUGGGCGGGUUCACCCAGAUGAUCCGAGAGGGAGGGGCCAGGUCGCUCUGGCGGGGCAACGGCAUCAACGUCAUCAAAAUUGCCCCCGAAUCGGCCAUCAAAUUCAUGGCCUACGAGCAGAUCAAGCGUCUUGUUGGGAGUGACCAGGAGACUCUAAGGAUUCAUGAGAGGCUUGUGGCAGGGUCCUUGGCAGGGGCCAUCGCUCAGAGCAGCAUCUACCCGAUGGAGGUUCUGAAGACCCGGAUGGCCCUGCGCAAGACAGGCCAGUACUCGGGCAUGCUGGACUGUGCCAGGAAGAUCCUGGCCAGAGAGGGGAUGGCCGCCUUCUACAAAGGCUACGUUCCCAACAUGCUGGGCAUCAUCCCCUACGCUGGGAUAGACCUGGCUGUCUACGAGACACUCAAGAAUGCCUGGCUGCAGCGCUAUGCCGUGAACAGCGCAGACCCUGGAGUGUUUGUGCUCCUGGCCUGUGGCACCAUGUCCAGCACCUGUGGCCAGCUGGCCAGCUACCCACUCGCCCUGGUCAGGACCCGGAUGCAGGCCCAAGCCUCCAUUGAGGGCGCUCCAGAGGUGACCAUGAGCAGCCUCUUCAAACAGAUCCUGCGGACCGAGGGAGCCUUUGGCCUGUACCGGGGGCUGGCCCCCAACUUCAUGAAGGUGAUCCCGGCCGUGAGCAUCAGCUACGUGGUGUACGAGAACCUGAAGAUCACCCUGGGCGUGCAGUCUCGGUGACGGGAGGGAGGACAGCCGCCCGGCGGACUCCUGAUCCUGGGCUGCAGCCCCGGGAUGUGUAGCCAUCUCAUUCUGUGAAUGUGCCGACACUAAGCUGACUUAAGCCAAGCUGUGAAACCCCUGGGACGCACCGCAGGGAGGGUGGGGGAGCUGGCAGGCCCACUGGGCUUGUCCUGCUGACCAUGGCCCACCCUCGUGUCCAUUCCAGGGAAGGCCCGUGGGUAUCCCUCGGGUCCAGGGGUCAGCAGGACUCAAGCUGAUGCGCAGUAGAGACCGGAUGUUUCCUGCAGGGCCUGCCAGACAGCAGGGCUUGGAGGCGGCUUAGUUCUUCCAUCUCCUCUUCCCACCCAGACCGUGGGCCAUAGGCCCCUCCCUCUGGCCUGCUGGGCAUCUGCCCUGUGCCCACUUUGCCUCUUCCUCACUGCUGUUUGAGUAUGGUAGGAGGAGGGCCACCAGCCCACUCCCAUGCCCGCCUGCUCCUCCCCCUCAGUCCCCGGGGAAAGGUGCUUCCACCUGACCUCACGCCCAGCUAGGUUGUGCAGGGAGAGGGAGGAGCCUGGGAGUGUGCCCACCCCCUCUGUGCUCACCGGCAGAGGGGCGCCGAUGCAUGCAGGGGCAAGGCCCCGCCCCGCCGUUGGCUGCCUGGCACCGGGUGCAUGGCUUCCCCGGAGCCCAGAGGCCUCUGCCCUGCGCUGCUGGGGCCUCCUGGUGCUCUGAGCUGGCUCCGGGCUCUGUCAGGACUGGCACCAGCUCAGAUCCAGCUCCCUGUCCCUGCUCUGGCAUGAGGCAGUGGGGUGUGGGGUAACGGGAGGUUUCGGCCCCAUGUCUGCGUGCCCUGAGAAGGAAAAGGGCUUGAGGGCCUUAAUUAGGUGUUUUUGAGGAAGGGUUUUGUUCAGAAAGACAGACUGGACAAAUGUGCAAGCCCUGAGCUUCUGCAGGGAAGACAGAGCGAGUAGAGAGCUUGGCUGAUGCAUUACAGUCUGUCCCUGCGGCCCCGGGAUUCCUGUCCAAUCCCAGCUGGGGCGGUGGGACCAGCCGCACAUUCCACUGAUGCCACGGAUCUCUGCUCCGAGCCUAUUUAUUUCGUAUUUAUUUGAACAGAGUCAUGUCCUAACUAUUUUUAUAGAUUUGUUUAAUUAAUAACCUGUCAUUUUCAAGUUCAUUUUUUAUUCAUAUUUAUGUUCAUGGUUGAUUGUACCUUCCCACACCCAAGAGGUAGGGUGAGGAGAGGUCGUGGGGGUGGCCUUCCUGCCACCGCCCACAUCUGUCCAAGGACAGGAAAGGGGCCAGGAGUGGAGGGGGGGCCCUGGUCCCAGAGAGGGUCCUUGGCCGGUUGGGGAAAGCCAGUUUAAAUAGGACGCAAAGAUCAAUGCAAAAAUGACUGUCCUGUAUAAACAUAGUUCUAACUGGAAUUUGUGAAAAAGAAAUUAAGAAGAAUUGGGAGUUGUCAUUUAAAACAGCCUCUAAUAAAGUUGUUUGAAAGCCGA